GUUUCGCCACCUCUAAUUUCUCACAAAAAGACGCGUCGGACUUUUAGUUUUCAGCGACUUUAUUUUUUUAAAUUAGUCUAGCGUCCUCAAAUCAAAAUAACAAUACUUCAAAUGCAAUUUAAAAAAAGAACACUCAGCCGCAGAGCUGAAAGCCGAAAAUAACGGAAAACUGGCCGAGCACAAUCCAAUUUUCCUCGUCAAAAUGUGCGUUUAAAAGGACAUACCACAAAUCUGACGGGGUGAGACUGGCAGCAGUAGGCAAAAUCCCCAGUAAAAGCUACGCCUCAUGGAUCCGUAUCACCAUAUCAAACAUCAUUAUCCACCCACAAGCAUAGCCAGCACAGGAGCGGCGGUGGGCAGCUUUCCGGCAAUCAACCGACCAGAAUUGCACCAAAAAUGCAACCGGGGCUCGCACUCCAGUGACACCAGUUCGGCAUACAGCGGUAGCGAUACAAUGGCCUCCAACUAUGCCUCUUCAAUGGAGGCCGAGGAGAUUGACCUAUCAGGCUUGGUGGAGUCCGUCGUAGACUCUGACGAGGAGGAUCUGGCAGAGAGCAUGGAUAGUCUAACUGUUCGAGAUGCAGUGCGGGACUGCCUGGAGAAGGAUCCGGCGGAGCGUAGCGAAGAGGACGUGGAAGUGCUGCUUGAGUUCACGCAGGGCCUUAAAGCUUUCACUAACAUCACACUGGCAGUCCGACGAGCACUCUGUUCAGUGAUGGUGUUCGCCGUGGUGGACAAGGCCGGAACCGUAGUUAUGUCAGAUGGUGAAGAACUGGACUCAUGGUCGGUGCUCAUAAACGGGGCCGUGGAGAUCGAACAUGCCAACGGCAGCCGGGAAGAGCUGCAGAUGGGAGACUGUUUCGGUAUCCUUCCAACUAUGGACAAGCUUUACCACCGAGGUGUGAUGCGGACCAAGUGCGAUGACUGCCAAUUUGUGUGUAUCACGCAAACGGACUACUACCGUAUUCAGCAUCAGGGCGAGGAAAAUACACGGCGGCAUGAGGACGAGAAUGGGUCCGUGGUCAUGGUCACGGAGCUAAGAUCCAUUGGAGGCGGUAGCGCCGAUUGUCCUGGCGGUGGCGGAUCGUCAACGAAUGCUUUGGCUUCGUUAAACAUGAAACGCGGCCACGUCGUUAUCCGCGGCACUCCGGAGCGGCUGCUUCAACAGCUGGUCGAAGAAAACUCAAUGACAGACCCAACCUAUGUGGAGGACUUUUUGCUUACACAUCGCAUCUUUAUUCAUAACCCGAAGGAGGUGACCAGCAAGUUGCUGCAUUGGUUCGAUCUAGAGCAAAUGGAUGCCCACAAGACUCAAGAACUGCGAGAUCGCGUUACGCGCGUGGUGCUCCUCUGGGUAAACAACCACUUCACGGAUUUUGAAGCAGACCAUGAGAUGAUGGAGUUCCUAGAAGUCUUUGAGGCACUGCUUGAGAAAAAAAAAUUGUUAAGCCAACUGCGUCUUUUGCACAUUGCGUGCGCCGCCAAAGCCCGAAUGCGCAGCUCCACCCUCACUCGAUCUUCGCGUGACGAGCCGCUUAAAUUCAGCAUCGUAGGUGGCUAUGAGCUUAGAGGAGUAGCCGUAGCCACCGGAAACGCAGCCGUGGGCAUUUACAUUUCGCACGUUGAACCGGAUUCAAAGGCACAGGAGGUGGGACUCAAGCGAGGUGACCAGAUUCACGAAGUAAAUGGACAGUCACUAGACCAUGUGACUAGCAAGCGAGCCAUCGAGAUCCUUACGGGCACAACCCAUUUGAGCAUCAGCGUAAAAAGCAACCUCCUUGGUUUCAAGGAGAUUUUGCAGGCCCUUGAGCAUGGCGGUGGAUCCGCUGGAUCCGGAAGUAUCUCCGCAGGCAACGUCACUUUUAAAUGCCUAAGAAGUCCACGCCGCAUUUGCGCUAAUGACAUUGCUAAGUUGCACGGUCGCUCUGAUAGCACUACCGAUGAAUUGUCCACCGUCAACGCCUCGAAUCGGGCGCAUAUGGUGCGCCUAAGUUCUGUAGAUAUGCUUCUCGACCAGCCGGACUGCGCGCCCCCGCAAACACCGCCAGUGAGUGGAAGCGGUAACAUGGCCUCCAACUUUAUGCAGCAGCUCCUACAAAGCGUUAACAACAGCUCCGCUAAAAAGAGCUCAUGGUCCAACUCAAAUUCGGAUCAGCAAGACACAAAAGGAGGUUUUAUGACUUUGGCGCCCAAACGGAGAUUGCAAAAGGCGCUGGCAAAGAUGAAUUUGCUCAAUAAACACCAUCACGGAAGCAGCCUUAACGAUUCAUCGGACACGCUGCUCAAUGAGCCCAAGUCAAAGCUCUCUACGGUCACCUCGUGUAGCAGCUCCACUCAGUCUUCAAUUAAUGGCUGUACAGUCAGUGGCAGUGGCCGUCUUUACCAGUCGCAAUCAAAUCCGGAUUUAACCAGCCUCAACUAUGAAGGAGGCAGUGAGGCGGGAGGAAGUGGUGACGGAAGGCUGCAGGCAAACUUUCUGGGUGCACACGUUCACCGGCCAUCAGCAGCCAGUACCCUGACGACAAACUCGAUGCAGUCACACCUGCCUGACUACCCGGACCACGUGUUAAAAGUGUAUAAGGCAGACCAAACGUACAAAUAUGUGCUUAUCUAUAAGGAGACGACGGCUCACGAGGUGGUAAUGCUGACAUUGCAGGAGUUUGGAAUCCACGAUCCUAGCUCCAAUUUCUCUCUUUGUGAAGUGAGUGUAGGCGAUGGAGGGAUGGUAAAACAGCGACGGCUUCCCGAUCAGCUGCAGAAUCUGGCGGAGCGAAUAAGCUUUGCGGCGCGCUACUACCUCAAGCUGAAUGAUAGUACCGAGCCGCUAGUUCCUGACGAACUAGCCUUGGAGUUAGUACGCGAGUCAAGUGUGCACUUCCUGCAGCUGAAUGCAUACGAGCUGGCCAUUCAACUCACCCUUCAGGACUUUGCCAACUUUCGCCAGAUUGAGUCUACCGAAUAUGUGGACGAAUUGUUCGAAAUACACUCUCGCUACGGGGUGCCCAUGCUCAGCAAAUUUGCUGAGCUCGUCAAUCGCGAAAUGUUUUGGGUGGUGGGUGAAAUUUGCGCCGAGCACAACAUCGUGCGUCGCAUGAAAAUAGUAAAGCAGUUCAUUAAGAUUGCGCGCCACUGCAAAGAGUGUCGUAACUUCAAUUCCAUGUUUGCUAUCAUCUCCGGCUUGGGGCACGGAGCUGUGUCGCGACUGCGUUUAACGUGGGAAAAGCUGCCUUCCAAGUACCAGAGGUUAUUUAACGACCUUCAAGAUUUAAUGGACCCUUCGCGCAACAUGAGCAAGUAUCGGCAAUUAGUGUCGGCCGAACUGCUGGCUCAGCACCCCAUCAUUCCGUUUUAUCCAAUUGUAAAAAAGGAUCUUACUUUUAUCCACUUGGGCAAUGAUACAAGAGUGGACGGCCUAAUCAACUUUGAGAAGCUUCGAAUGCUUGCCAAGGAGGUGCGCCUACUGACUCAUAUGUGUAGUUCACCCUACGAUCUGCUGUCUAUCCUUGAGCUCAAGGGACAGUCUCCCUCAAACGCCCUUUUCUCGCUAAAUCAAAUGUCUGCGUCACAGAGCAACGCAGCCGCCGGCACAGUAAUCGCGGCCAACGCUGGCCAGGCAACGAUUAAGCGGCGCAAGAAGUCAGCGGCGGCGCCCAACCCCAAAAAAAUGUUUGAGGAAGCGCAGAUGGUGCGUCGAGUGAAGGCGUACCUUAACAGCCUUAAAAUACUCAGCGACGAGGAUCUUUUGCACAAAUUUUCGUUGGAGUGCGAACCGGCACAGGGAUCAACCUACUCGGGCAGUAUAUCGCACGGCAACACAUCGCACCGUAGCGGAGGUGGGGGCAGCAUCAGUGGCGGUGGUGGUGGAAGCUCUAGUGGAGGGGGUGCUGGCAGUUCCAGCCUCAAUGCCGGCGACCAACUGAGCAUCUACUCGCAUACCAGCUCUAGCUCGGCACCGAAUUCCUCUCUUUCGUGUCGCAAAAGGCACCCAAGUUCGCCCACCCUUUCGACUACCAGUUCAACUAGUUCCACCAGCGAUUAUCAGCGGCGACAAGUUCACAACAACGGGCCCAAGUUUGGCACAGCUUCGCCUCAGGCAGUCAAGAAGAUGCUAUCGCUGUCAGAGUCUUCCAAGAUCCGGCCACACCAGCCGUUCGUAACACGCCACGGAUCCGCUGUGCCUGGUGUAAUUCCGCCGUUACAUCACAUGCAUGCCGCACAUGGUUUCAGCACACCAUCGGCUGGUGGAGCAUUAGGACAGGCUACUUCGCCGGCGGCAGGUGUAGUACCCAAUGUUCAGUGCACGCCGAGUCCUAGUCCCUGCUCCCAUCGACGUCUGGCAUCGGGAGGCAACAUAAUGCCCACACGUGCCAUCCACGAACGAUCGCACUCGGAUACUCCAGCUCCGCCCCCGCCUUUACCAUCAGUUGAUCUCUCCCUUGAGAGCAGUAGUGUAACUACUUUUCGCGAUUUACCACUGCGCAAAUCCGUAACUUCCGGUUCCAUAUCGUCCUGUGACAGCGGCUACGUGCAUCAGCAGCAACACCACCAUUUGCACUACCGACAGCAACAGAGCAGCACGCAACACGAACUAUCGCCGCCGGUUUAUACGGCAGCCGACUGCCGGUUGCUGCAACAAAUAUCAAACAAUGCAGUGACUCGAAAUCUAAACAGUUUAUGUCAGAGCACAAACACAUCGUCCAGCACACCAAUACCUCCACCAACACAGCCGACAGCAACCAUUCAGCUUUCUGCACCACCGACGGCAGCGGCAUACAUGCAAAUACGCAACCAACAAAAUCAGCAGCUUCAGCACCAACAGCAAUCCUUGGUCAUGCCACCCCCGCCUCCACCGCCGUACAAUGUGCCACCUCUGGCCAGUCUCUACAGUCACCAGCAAGGCAAUCCUGGCAGCAGGCCUUUGAACCACAUGCAUGUGGGCCCGCCAAAUUUUAUGGAUAGCACCAAGUGUACCAUAUGCCCCAUGACAUCCAUAAAUCAGUAAAAAAACCCAAUUGUGCUGUUUUUACUGCUGCAUGUUUAUUUAAUUAGUUUAUAUAGAGCUGCCAAAAUUUGUUAAUGGUUGCGACUUCACGUUUGGCAGCAUUUAAUCACGGCAAACCCAAUAACUUUUUCGGAGCAGCCAAAACAACACUGGAAUCCAUUUGUUUUGAGUAUAUGAUUAGCUUUAGUGUCUUAAAAUUUAAUUUUAGUUAGCGGUUACGAUUUAUAUUUUAAUUUAGCAAAAUUCUUUGUACACAUUUUCACCCUCAUCUUUCACCGCCAGCGUAGAAGUUGCCUUUUCUCUUUAAAGAAAACGUCUGCAGGCAGACUCUCAAAGCAGACCCUAAUUAAAAUUUUAAGACUUUUCGUCGGUAUUUAAAAUUGUAAGAACAGAACAAAAAAUUGCAUGCCUAUCAUGACAAUCGAUAAAGAACCACAAAAUGAAAUCAACUUAAAGCUCUCGUUAAUUCCAUAAAUGUUGACUUCUUUGAACACUUAUGUACAAGUAAAUUUUACUUCUGUAUACGCUAUAUAUAUAAAACCUUCGCUCCAAUUCCAAAUAUUUAGUUAUUAAGCCCAAAAGAGAGAGACAGACAAAAAUUUAUUUCGAAUAUUUUUUCCAAACAUUUAUAUUUAUGUACUCAAUCAAACAAGAGAAGGAAAAUGGCAAAAAAUGCAAUAUUUGUCUAAAGAAUUAUACAAUUCCUUGACCUAGCCCACAAGAAUAAAAAUAAAUGAACAAUGUACAAUUUUCUCUAUUAAAGACAAACCUAAGACAUAUAAGUAAACCAUAUAUAACAUUUUUAAAUCGCGUUUUUCUCACACCUAAUAAAUAAGAUUAACAUAUUUUUGUGUGUGUAUUAUUAAUGCCUGUUAUAUACAUAGAUAUAUACAAUAUAUAUACAACAUAAAUAUACAAACUAUACAAGAAAUCUCUAUAUACAUACAAAUCAUAAGUGGAGAUUCGUUUCCCGCUCAAAAUAUAAAGCAAAAAUCAAAUAAAAUAAAAUCAAAUCAAAUAAGGCCCGAAAUAUGUAUACAUUGUGCUUUUUGUAUUUUAAGUUAGACUAACAAUAAAUUUCGCGUUUUACAGCUUUGAAGGAACUCAUAAAAAUAUAAGCUUAAAACUGUAUAAACAAUAAAAAUCGCAUACUUUGCUUUAAUAUCUAACUAUUUUUAUAUUUCUCUAAGUGCACUAAGUAGUUCGAUUAGUAUAAAUUAUCAUUCUAAACCAAAUUUUAAUGUUUAAAUAAGGACAGUUCCACUUAUAUUCCUCUUUUAAAAUCACAAUUUUCCGACUAUGAUCAACACGAACUGAACAAGUGUUUUUAACUUCUUUAAAAGAGUUCGUUUUAAUUCCAUUUAAACCAACAAACAAUUAGCAUACUUUAACUCAACUCAUUGUGAAAAAUUUGUAAGGUCUUUUUCAGUUUGCUUCCUUUCUUGAAUGUUGAUUAAUUCUACGCCAUUCCUCUCGCUUGGAAAUUUCGUAAUUUUUUUUGCAACAAGAUAAAUACAAAUUCCUUUGCAUGUGCGGAAAAGAACAACUAUUUGUAGUGGAAGAAUUUUCGGAAGCUUUUCUAGACUAAGUCCAAAAGUCGAUUAAUUAAUAAAAAUUACACUCAAAGUAAAUAAAAUGUAGUAAAUGUCGAGUUGUUUUCCGAAACUCGGGUCGAAUAUUACCUAAA